AUGUCUCAGUGGGAACGGUACCUGGAGUCACUUUACUACGAUGCAAAACACCCUGGGAGUUAUGCAGGUCCUGUUAAAUUAUAUCAAGCUGUCAAAGCAGAGGGUAAAUUUAAGAUUUCUCUGGCACGUAUUAAAACAUGGUUGAAAGGUCAAGAAACCUAUACCAUGACACAUCAAGUAAGGAGAAAGUAUCCACGUAAUACAUAUGCAGUGGAAGGCUUAGACAGCCACUGGCAAUCCGAUCUCAUGGAUAUGGUCAGUUUGGCUAAAUAUAAUGAUGGGGUGAAAUAUCUCAUGGUGAUCAUUGACCUAUUUUCCAGGUUCUUAUGGGUUCUACCACUCAAAUCGAAAACAGGGAAACAUGUGGUAGAGGCUUUGACAGAACUAUGGAAGUCAAAGUCCAGAAAACCCAAUCUAUUUCAGUCUGAUUCGGGGUCAGAAUACAAGAACCAUAUGGUCAAAGCAUUGUUGAAGACACGUGGUAUAACACAGCUGUUUACUCUCAAUGAAACCAAAGCGAGUUAUGCCGAACGUGUCAUUAAAACCAUCAAAAUGCACCUGUAUCGCUACAUGUUAAAAAACUUUACUUACAAGUACAUGGAUGUCCUAGAGAAGGUCGUCUAUAGCUAUAACCACACCAAACAUCGGAUGCUAGGCCAAACACCAAACAGUGUUAACCAACAGAAUGAACAAGAGGUCUGCCUGUCUCAGUAUCUAAUCAAACCUAAAAAGCCAAUCCUGAAGAAGAAGUUUACCUUUAACGUGGGUGACAAAGUAAGAGUCAGUCAUCUCCGCGGUACAUUUGACCGCGAAUACCAAGAAAAAUGGUCUGGUGAAAUAUUUACCAUUGAAAGGAGAUACUGGUCUCAAAGCCAUGACUUGUACAAAUUAAAGGACUGGGAUGGCGAUCCCAUUGAAGGGACAUUCUAUGCAGCUGAACUUCAAAAGGUGACUGAGAAUCCUGAUCAAUUGUACCGUAUCCAAGAUAUCAUAAAAAAGAGAACUCGUAACAAACAGAAAGAAGUGUUGGUGAAAUGGCUUCACUGGCCUAAGAUGUACAAUUCGUGGAUUCCAGAAGCAGACGUUGUUCGAUAUCAGACAGUAUAA